AGACAACAUCGCCCAGCUGCCUGUCAAAUUGUCAAUCAAUCAAUUUGUCAAUUUCAACGCUGUUCAAUAGCUAAACUUAGGUUCCAUAGCACUUAAAUAUUUAACUAAAUUAUAUUUUAAUAUAAAUAGAAUGGACAGUGAACUUAAACUGUCUCAUAAAGCCAAAAAACGUAUCAAGGAAGUUAAGAGGAAAGCUAGACCCGAAUUAGCAGACAAGUACCAAUGGACUGCCUUAAAGUAUGCAACAAACUUUGAUGAAUUUCUCAAGUGUAAUGACAAUGUUGACAGAAUAAGUGAAAAUGAAGUGACUCCAGAUGAAUUUAUAGAGAAAUAUGAAAAAAUAUACAAACCAGUAGUUAUAACGAAUGUACAGACAAAUUGGAAGGCAAAUCAUAAAUGGACUUUAGAUAGACUUGCCAAAAAGUAUAGAAACCAGAAAUUUAAAUGCGGGGAAGACAAUGAGGGUUACAGUGUUAAGAUGAAAAUGAAGUAUUACGUAGAGUACAUGAGGACAACGACUGAUGACAGUCCCCUUUAUAUUUUUGAUAGCAGUUUUGGAGAGCAUGUGAGGAGAAAGAAACUUUUGGAAGAUUAUGAUGUCCCUCUAUAUUUUAGGGAUGACUUGUUUAAGUACUGUGGAGAAGAAAGGAGGCCACCAUAUCGCUGGUUUGUUAUGGGGCCACAGCGUUCUGGUACUGGCAUUCAUAUAGAUCCUCUUGGAACAAGUGCCUGGAAUGCUUUGGUGUUUGGUCAUAAAAGAUGGUGCUUAUUCCCAACCCAAACCCCUAGAGAAUUGAUUAAGGUGACCGGAGCUAUGGGAGGAAAACAAAGAGAUGAAGCUGUCACAUGGUUCAAACUUAUUUAUCCUAAGACUCAGCUAGAUACUUGGCCCAAAGAAUUUAAACCAGUGGAAAUUCUUCAAAAACCAGGUGAGACAGUGUUUGUACCUGGUGGGUGGUGGCAUGUUGUUCUCAAUUUGGACGAUACUGUGGCUGUCACUCAAAACUUUUGUAGCCGAACCAAUUUCCCAGUGGUCUGGCAUAAGACUGUGCGUGGUCGCCCUAAACUCUCCAAAAAGUGGAUCAAAGUACUGGAGACCAAAGAACCAGAUUUGUACAAGAUUGCUAGUGGCAUGGACUUGAGUCAGGGCACUGGUGUAGCCUCAGACAGUUCAUCUAACAGUAGUUCUUCCAGUAGCGAUAGUGAUAGCAGCUCUUCAGAAAGUUCAGAAGAAGACAGCGGCCAGGAAAGCAUCACUGCCCAUAAGAAAAAACGAAGAAGAAAAAUGUAAAAGGACCAAAGCGCCUUAUAAUUUGUAUAGGUAAUCAACCGUUCAUAAAAAUGUAAUAUCAAAUAGUCUAUAAUAAUAUCAUAAGUGUAUGUGCUGUUCCAAACUACAUCCAAACCGAAUCCGAUCUGAACCCUUGAAAAUAUGGUCCGAAGUAGCUGUAGAACUAUUUCUAUGGUCAUUAUUUCCAAAUCCUAUCUCGUGUCAUCGUAUUUAUUUACGGCAUUCAAAUAUUUCCAUUUCAUUGUUAUUGGACCGCGGUACUCAUAGCAUCGGUUAAUGCAUCUGAAUGAAAGCUCACGUAAAGAAUUAAAUUAUAAUUAUAAAUCAAUAUUGUAAUAGAUUCAAAAAACGUACAUAAUUAAAACUACCUAUUCUCGCGCGGUUUCACCCGCUGCUGAGAUCCAUUUAAUCGUACCGUGAUGUUUUAGAGCCUAUAGCACUCAGGAACAUUGUAGCUAUCUGUCAGUGAAAGAAGUUUGAAAAUACGAACAGCGGUUCCAAAGAUUACCCCUACAUACAAACUUACACAUUUUACUUCUAUAGUAUUAGUAUGGAUGACCUCAAUCGGUUCGAGGUUUAUUGGUUUGGAUCGAAUUAGUGCAUAAGUAAUAUCCGAAUACUAUUCGAGUCGUCUAAACCAGUAUUUUCACAGUAUCUGAUCGGAUCCGGAUCGGACUUAGUGCGAACCGUUCUAAGCCUGUUUUGUAUUACUAGACUUAAUGACUAAUAAAUUUUUACUUGUUGUUUUCAUAGUGAACAGUAUAUUUCUUUUGUUAAACUGACAAAACAAUUCUUUAUGAAUAAAGUAUUAUGAAACAAUU